AUGUCUUGGGCGGGAUUCAAGAAGAACGUUAACCGCGCGACAACGCAGGUUAUGAUGAAGACUGGUCAUGUCGAGAAGACCAAUGACCGAGAUUACGAAGUUGAGGAGAGGCGAUUCAAGACAAUGGAGGCAGCCUCUUUAAGGCUACAAAAAGAGGCGAGGGGUUACCUUGACUCCCUACGAGCCAUGACGGCGUCACAAAUGCGCAUCGCAGAAACAAUCGACGCCUUCUACGGUGAUUCAGGUGCCAAAGAUGGUGUGAGCAGGAGCUACAAACAAGCUGUAGAAGACCUAGACGCCGAGACUAUCAAGGCUCUCGAUGGACCAUACAGAACAACAGUCCUUGAGCCCAUCUCUCGCUUUUGCGCCUACUUUCCCGAUGUCAAUGAAUGCAUGAAGAAGCGCGGCCACAAGCUUCUUGACUAUGAUGCACUACGAGCGAAAGUCAAGAAGUUGACAGAAAAGCCAGACAAAGAUGUUACUAAACUACCACGGGCUGAGAAGGAGCUGGAGAUGGCAAAGGCUGCAUAUGAACAGCUCAACGAACAGCUGUGCACGGAGCUGCCGCAACUAAUCGAUAUGCGCGUCCCGUACCUCGACCCAUCUUUUGAAGCUCUCGUCAAGAUUCAACUGCGCUUCUGUGCCGAGGCCUAUAGUCGCAUGGCCCAAGUACAGCAAUACCUCGACCCUGACACGCGCGAGCAGUAUGCUCGUGGCGACUUGGAUGCCCGUGUGGAACAGGUUCUUCAAGAGAUUCGGGAACUCAGCAUCAGUGGGACGGUGUGA